AUGGCUCGCACAGUAUCAUCCCUAGACAAGGACUCGUCCAUCCUAAUCAUCGGAGCGGGCACAUUCGGUAUCAGUACAGCCUACCACCUAGCUAAGCGUGGCUAUACCAACAUCACUUGUAUUGACCGCCACCCAUGGCCGAGUCUAGACUCUGCUGGUCACGACUUGAACAAGGUGAUGCGUACUGAGUACGACGAACCACUUUACACGCGCCUUGCUCUUGAAGCACUCGACGCUUGGAGAGAUCCAGAAUGGCAUGAUGUAUUUUUUGAGACAGGACGUAUCACUACUACGAUGGGUGACAAGAAAGCAGAGUCUUUCCUUGAAAAGUCUUACGAAAACCUCAAGAGAGCAGGAAAAGCCAAUAACCUAGAGCUCAUCAGUGGCAGAGAUGAGAUCGUCAAACGUGUUCCCCAAUUGAAGAACGCCGUUGGGAUCGAGAACUGGAAGGGUCUUUACAACAGUCUCGGCGGAUGGGUCCACGCUCGAAAAGCCCUUGAGAAAUGGGCAUUUGAAUCCGAAAGUAUGGGAGUCAAAUUCACAUCAGGCCUUGGUGGUAUAAUGACCAGCCUUGAGCUCGAUACUUCUGGCUCAAUGACUGGAAUCCGUGUCGCUUCUGGUGAGGUUCUUCAUGCGGAUCACUACAUCCUCAGCACGGGCGCUGCAUCGCCACAACUACUGCCCGAGUUGUCGCAACAGCUAUGGUCAAAGUGCUGGACUCUGGGCCAUAUCCAGCUUACUGAUGAAGAGGCUGCUGAGUGGGAGGGAGUUCCUGUGAUCGAUAACUAUGAGCUUGGGUUCAUGUUUGAACCAGAUCCGGACACAAAACUGAUCAAGAUCUGCGACAACAACCCCGGGUAUCAAUACCAAAAAGGCACUUUCGUCGAUGAGGACGGCAACACAACUAAUUACUCAAUCCCCCGGUACUCAAGCGACCAUCCCCAAGACGGCAUUCCCCACGAAGCAGAAGUCGCUAUCAGAAAAUUCAUCAACACCGUCAUGCCCCAAUUCUCCGACCGUCCUCUUCUCGAUGCGCGUGUAUGUUGGUGUACCGAUUCACCGGAUGCUCACUGGCUCAUCGAUCGCCACCCCAAACAUAAAGAUCUUCUUCUCGCUACAGGCGAUUCUGGACACGCGUUCAAAAUGUUUCCUAUCAUUGGGAAGUACAUCGCCGAUGCGUUGGAAGGUCGUGAGACGGGAUUGAGGAAGGAAUGGGUUUAUGGAGGACGAGUUGCGAAACCAACUUCGCAUCGACCUGAUACUGAGAUUAAGGACUUGAGGGAUGUCAUGGGUAUCAAGACGGAAACGAAGUUGUAG